AGAGAUAGACUCCGUCCCCCGUCUCCGUCUCUCUCCCCAUAAGAGGCGAGGGCGGAGGAAGGCUUUACGAGCAAACCAGGCCAUUACACCCCCAAAAACUAAGGGAGAGAGAGAGAAAGAGAGAAAGGCAAAACACACAGGAGGAGGGGACACACGCCUCCGCCUCCACCUCCUCCCGAGGCGAUAGCGAGCUCGCCUCCGCCUCCGCCUCCGCCGCGCCGCCCCGCCGACGACGAGGAGGAAGAGGCGACGCCACCGCCGCCGCCGCAGGAGGAGGAGGAGGCGACGCCCGUGGGGAGCUCGCGCGACGCCGGAUCUCGCGAUCUGAGGGGCCCCCGCGCCAAUUCCCCCGCAGGGUUUUGCGGCGGUGGAGACGGAGAUGAGCGUGGAGAGCCCUGGAGGAGCCCCCGGGAGCUAGGGUUUCGCGCGACGGGACCGGGACGACGGCCGCCCCGACAAGCUCCUAGGUCUUCCAUGGGAGAUGGAGGUGUCGCGUGCGCCGUCCCGCCGCAGCGUGCAGUGGAGGGCUUCCGCGCCGGGGGCCUCGUGAGGAGACCAGGGGGAGAAGCCAUGCCGGACAAGGGGGAGAGGGGACACCACACCACCAGCAACAACCACCACAGCCACAGCCACAGCCACCGGAAGCAUCAUGCCGAGCUGGAGGAAGGGGAGCUGCUCAAUGGGGAGGCUGACAACAGCAGCAGCCGGGACUUGGAGAGGAGCAUGCCUCCCAAGAAGUGGCGGAAGGUGCUGGCUGCCUCCUCUGCUGCAGAGGUGGAGCCGGGGGAGAUUGUGAUGCCCUCCAAGAAGGCGAGGAAGAACGGGGAGCUCGAGAAGGGGGAGAUUGCCCCCGAGAGACAGAGGAAGGACAAGUCUGAUAAGAGUGGGAGGAAGUCGAAUAAGGAUGAGGUGGAACCAGGGGAAGUUGCUCCACCAGAUAAGAAGCAGGACCGGGAUCAUAACAAGAAGCUCGGCUCGUCGGCUCAGGUACGCGAUGACGGCAGCAAGAAGGGCUCCUCGCGGGAUUCAGAUGAGGAGCCAGGUGAGAUUAGGCCAGAGAGCAGCAGCACUGGCAGUGCAAGGAAGAGCAGGGCAACAGAGCCUGAGAACAGCAACCACAAGCACCAAGCUGAUACAUGUGAUCAAACAGGUUCUAAGAGUCGCAGGAAGGGAGAGGCAAAGAGUUCUGGCAGGCAUUUGUCAGGAAGGAAUCGUGACAUCUCGCCAAUGACACGGGAUCGACAUGAGAGGAGCCCAGGGAUCUUGGGGCGCUUUCCUCAUGAUCGCCUCCGCCAUGACAGGAGCCCAAGCCGCUUGGAGCCCUCCCCACGGGACCGCGGUCGCCACUAUGACAACAGAGACCGCAGCCCAUACAUUUCUCCACGCCACAGAAUGCGCCCAUCCCAUUACAGGGAUAACACACCGAGCCGUGGUGAGAUGCACCAUCACAGGGAUAACACACCGAGCCGCGUUGAUAGUUCUCCUCGGAGAUCUCAGCACGAGGACUUCAGAGACCGAAGCCCAUCUCGUCGUGAUAAAUCGCCAUCUGAACGAGGACGGACUACUGAAAGCCAUGAAGCAGGCAAGAAGAGCAGAGGUGCUAAGCUUGAAAACAACAGCCUGGAAAAGGCACAACACAAAAGUAAAUCAACAAAGCAAUCAACUAAGUCUAAGAGCAGUAGCAAUGGAAGUAAUGAGAAGAUAUCCAAGGAAAAGGCAACUGAGACCAUUCAGUACACUGAGUUGCCACCACCACCCCCUCUACCCCCGCCGCCACCACCUCCUCCGCCGCCACCCCCGCCUUUACCGCCUAACAUGCCUCCUCCCCUGCCUCCACCACCAGAACCUGAACUGAAUGGAGCUCCUGCAGAAGAUGUCUCAAUGGAAGAAGACAUGGACAUCUGUGACACUCCACCUCACACUACUAGCUCAGCACCUGGGCCCACUGAACCACCCGCAAGCGAUGUGGGGAAGUGGUUUUAUCUUGACCAUUACGGUAUUGAGCAAGGACCUUCUAAGCUUGCUGACUUGAAGAAGCUGGUGGAAGAUGGAUAUCUUCUUUCUGAUCAUCUAAUAAAGCAUGCUGACAGCAAUCGGUGGGUGACUGUUGAGAAUGCAGCUUCACCACUGGUUCCAUCCGAAUUCCCCUCAGUAUAUUCAGAUGUCUCAACACAGCUGGUUAGCCCGCCAGAAGCCCCAGGUAAUUUACUUGAUGAAGCUCGAGAGGAGGCAUCUGGUACUGACCAUGAACAAAUGAAGGAAGCUUCUGCAGAAGAGCAGGAAGAUUUCUACAUUGAUGACAGGGUUGAUGCAUUGAUGGAUGGAUCUAUCAUGGUGGAUGGUCAGGAGCUUGAGAUUCUUGGAGAGCUUCUAAAUGCACAUUUUGAGCCAGUCAACUGGGAAAGCGAAGAUCUUUCAAGGUUCCAAGUUAAAUUGGAAAGAGAUGAUGGAACCAAAAGAAGCACUGAAUUUCCAGAUAGCAGGACUGCACACAUUUAUGGCGUUGUUCCUGCUGAGAGGGAUACCUAUCAGCCUCAUAUUGAGUCUAGUGAAUGGUAUUCUGGGAGAUGGUCAUGCAAAGGUGGUGACUGGAAGCGAAAUGAUGAUUUCAGCCAAGAUAAGCCUUACAGGAAGAAGCUUGUUCUCAAUGAAGGCUAUCCUCUUUGUCAAAUGCCAAAAGGGAAUCAUGAGGAUCCUCGUUGGGGCUGCAAGGAUGACCUCUACUACCCUUUACGUGCUAAAAAGCUUGAUCUGCCGUUGUGGGCAUUCUCAUCAACAGAAGAAAAUGAUGACACUGUAGAUGAUGCCAGUAAAAGUGGUGUUAUGCCUGGGAGGUCAGGUCAGACUAAACAACCUCCUAAGGGAGUGAAGGGGACAACGCUUCCUGUCGUUAAGAUAAAUGCCCGUGUUGUUAAGGACCAAUCCUCUUCUGAACUCCGUAUAAAGCCCAAAGUAGCUGAUCGGCCACCUUCUAGAUCUUCGCGCUCCCAUUCAAUUGGGACUGAUAGGAGUUCUACCCAUGAAGGUUCGUCUCAUUCUAAGAAACAUCAUGAACACGAUUCACAAAGUUUGCACAAGUCCAAGUCUGUUCCAAACAUUCCAAAGGACCAUGUAUGUACUGUUGAAGAAUUGUCAGUCAAAGUAGGUGACUGGUACUACCUGGAUGGAACUGGUCAUGAGCGUGGCCCAUUUUCUUAUUCUGAAUUGCAAGAAUUAGCUAAGAAGGGCACUAUCCUUGAAGGGAGCAGUGUUUUCCGGAAGAUUGAUAACACAUGGCUUCCAGUGCUUAAGGAUUUAAAAUCUGGUUGCUCUGCUCGGAAUGGGGAGGCUGGAAGUUCUACCUCUGCUCUCACACACUCAAACCAGUCCAACUUCCACGAGAUGCAUCCACAGUUUGUGGGUUAUACUCGUGGUAAACUGCAUGAACUAGUCAUGAAGUAUUUCAAGAGCAGGGAACUUACUUUGGCUAUAAAUGAGGUCUUGGAACCAUGGAUUGCAACAAAGCAGCCCAGAAAAGAACUAGAAACAUUUUUUUCUCACAGUUCAGCUUCAAAGAAUUUUGUGCAAGAGGAUGGCGGGUCCACAAAAAGGGCAAGGUUGCUGCCUGAUCAAAGUGAUGAAUAUACUGAUAUGUCUGAGGACAUUCUUGCCAGUCAGAAGGAUGAUUGUUGUUUUGAAGACUUAUUUGAGGGGGCUGCUCAUGUUAAAGAAAGCCCUCUGAAUUCCAGAACGGAAAGUGAAAGCUGGGGUUUAUUAAAUGAACAUGUGUUAGCAAGAAUUUUCCAUUUUCUGAGGGCAGACGUGAAGUCACUUAUUUCUUCUGCAGCUACCUGUAGCUGGUGGAACACUGCAGCCAAGUAUUACAGGAGUGUUUGUAGAUUCAUUGAUUUGUCUUCUUUGGGCCCUCAGUGCACUGAUAAUGUUUUCCACGACAUCAUGGCUGGUUAUGACAUGCAAAAUAUUAGAACACUUGUUUUAACAGGGUGUUCAAAUCUUAGUUCUCUUGCCCUUGCGGAAGUACUUAAGCGUUUUCCGCACAUAUCAUAUGUGCACAUUCAAGGUUGCAGUCAGCUAGGGGAUCUUAAAAACAAAUUUCAGCAUGUAAAAUGGAUUAAGAGCUCUUUGAAUCCAGAUGCAUCAUACCAGAAAAUUAGAAGCUUGAAGCAGAUAGAUGAUGGGAGCAACAGCACAUCCAAAGCUGGAAGGAUCUUGACCAGUCAGAUGGGUGGUUCUGAUGAGCUUGAUGGCUAUUUUGCUGAUAUUUCAAAUAGAGAGAGUUCCACCCUUUCCUUUGGACAAGGGUUCUAUAAACGAUCAAAGUGGCUUGAUAUUAGAAAGUCGUCUGCGGUUUUGUCAAGGGAUGCACAGAUGAGGCGUUUGAUGCAGCGGAAGGCCGAGAAUAGCUACCGGAAGAUGGAAGAGUUUGUCAUCAACAAACUAAAAGAAAUCAUGAAGAGCAGUAGAUUUGAUUUUUUUGUUCCAAAGGUUGCGAAAAUUGAAGUUAGGUUGAAAAAUGGAUACUAUGCUCGCCAUGGCUUUAGUUAUAUCAAGAAUGACAUCCGUUCUAUGUGCCGAGAUGCAUUAAGAUAUAAAGGUCGAAGUGACUUGGGAGAUAUGAAACAGAUUGUCGUGGCCUUCAUCCAGCUAGCAAAGAAACUUGAGAACCCAAGGUUGAUUUCUGAUAGAGAUGGGACAGCAGUUCAGAAGGACAGUUCUGACAUGAGUCAGUAUUCUUCAGAUCUGAAACUCAAAAAGAAACAGAGUAAAACUAUGUCAGAAAGAAGGGGAGCAAACUGGACUACUGCUGGAGCAGAUCCGUCAUCUCGUGCAUUUGACCGUGAAAUCAAAAGAAGUCUUUCUAAAUUAAAGAAAAGGGAUAUCGAUUCUGGUAGUGAAACAUCUGAUGAUGAUGAUGGCUACUCUGAAGGUGAUGAGACUGAGAGUGAAACUACUGUUUCUGAUACAGAGAGUGAUCUUGAUGUAAAUUCGGGAGCAUGGGAUUUAAAGGGAAAUGGUAUGAAGUUAUUUGAAUCAAGCGAGUCUUUGACGGAUGAUCGUGGAUGGGGUGCUCGCAUGACAAAAGCAAGCCUUGUUCCCCCAGUGACUAGGAAGUAUGAGGUUAUUGAGAAGUACCUAAUUGUAGCAGAUGAGGAGGAAGUACUGAGAAAGAUGCGGGUCGCUUUACCUGAUGACUAUUCAGAGAAACUGCUCUCGCAGAAGAACGGCACUGAAAAUUUGGAACUACCAGAGGUUAAGGAUUAUCAACCUAGAAAAGUACCUGGGGAUGAAGUUCUUGAGCAAGAAGUGUAUGGAAUAGAUCCAUAUACACAUAAUCUCCUACUUGAAAUGAUGCCUACUGAACUUGAUUGGCCAUCCUCUGACAAACAUACCUUUGUUGAAGAGUUGCUUCUGAACACCUUGAAUAAGCAAGUGAGGCAGUUCACUGGUUCUGGAAAUACUCCCAUGGUUUACCCCCUUAAACCUGUAAUUGAAGAAAUCCAAAAGUCUGCAGAGGAGAGUGGUGACAGACGGACUUCAAAGAUGUGCCUUGGAAUGCUAAAGGCCAUGAGGAACCACCCAGAAUAUAACUAUGUCGCCUAUAGGAAGGGUCUUGGAGUUGUUUGUAACAAAACGGGUGGAUUUGGUGUAGACGACUUUGUCAUCGAGUUCUUUGGGGAGGUAUACCCUUCUUGGAGAUGGUAUGAAAAACAAGAUGGCAUUAAGCAUAUACAAAACAAUAGCGACGAUCAAGCUCCUGAGUUUUACAACAUUAUGCUAGAACGGCCAAAGGGAGACCGUGAUGGGUAUGACUUGGUUUUCGUUGAUGCAAUGCAUAAGGCUAACUAUGCGAGCAGAAUUUGUCACUCCUGCAACCCUAACUGUGAAGCAAAAGUAACGGCUGUGGAUGGUCAUUAUCAGAUUGGAAUUUACACUGUUCGACCAAUUGCAGAAGGCGAGGAAAUCACUUUUGAUUACAACUCUGUUACUGAGAGUAAAGAAGAGCACGAAGCGUCAGUUUGUCUCUGUGGAAGUCAAAUAUGCAGGGGCAGCUAUUUAAAUUUUUCUGGGGAAGGAGCUUUUGAAAAGGUCUUGAUGGAAUUCCAUGGUGUGCUCGAUCGACAUAGUCUUCUGUUACAGGCUUGUGAAGCAAACUCUGUUUCUCAACAAGACUUAAUUGACUUGGGGAGAGCUGGUCUUGGUACCUGUUUGCUUGCUGGUUUGCCUGGAUGGCUUGUUGCUUACACUGCUCACCUGGUGCGGUUUAUAUUCUUUGAGAGACAGAAACUUCCUCAUGAGAUCUUUAAACACAAUGUGGACGAGAAGCGCCAGUUUUUCACAGAUAUAAACAUGGAUUCCGAGAAGAAUGAUGCCGAGGUUCAGGCCGAGGGAGUUCUGAAUUCAAGAUUACAGAAUUUGACUCAUACACUUGACAAGGUAAGAUAUGUCAUGAGAUGCAUAUUUGGGGAUCCCAAGAAUGCUCCUCCUCCACUGGUGAGGCUAACUGGGAGAAGUCUAGUUUCUGCCAUCUGGAAAGGGGAAGGCUCGUUAGUUGAUGAACUUCUUGAGUCAAUGGAACCUCAUGUUGAGGAAGAUGUACUUACUGACCUCAAAGCCAAAAUUCGUGCUCAUGAUCCAUCUGGUUCCGAGGACAUUGAGGGAGAAAUCCGAAGUUCUCUUUUAUGGUUGCGUGAUGAGCUGAGAACUCUUUCAUGCACAUACAAGUGUCGGCAUGAUGCUGCUGCUGAUUUGAUUCACAUGUAUGCUUACACAAAGUGUUUUUUCAGAGUCCGAGAUUACAAGACGGUAAAAUCUCCACCGGUUCUUAUCAGUCCUCUUGAUUUAGGUCCCAAAUAUGCAGAUAAACUGGGACCAGGCUUCCAGGAGUACUGUAAGACAUACCCAGAAAAUUAUUGCUUAGGUCAACUCAUUUAUUGGUAUAGCCAGAAUGCGGAGCCUGAAUCUAGAUUGACAAGAGCUAGAAAGGGUUGUAUGUCAUUGCCAGAUGUAUCCUCCUUCUAUGUGAAGUCAGUAAAACCAACACAAGAGCGAGUCUAUGGCAGCAGAACUGUGAGAUUCAUGUUAGCGCGCAUGGAGAACCAGGCACAAAGGCCAUGGCCCAAGGACCGGAUAUGGGUUUUCAAGAGUGACCCAAGAUUCUUUGGUACUCCAAUGAUGGAUGCCGUAUUGAAUAAUUCCCCCCUUGACAAGGAGAUGGUGCAUUGGCUCAAGACAAGAUCCAACGUCUUCCUAGGCUAGCCAAGGAAUUGUAGGCAGAGGGUAUUGGUUUUUUUCCUUUGGAGAUUUUAGUCAGACACCAUUCUUUUUUCUUCCUACUCACACCUUUCCUACCUAAUCAUGGGGAUUUAGCUUUUAGAUGGCAGGGUAACAACAGUCUCUCUCACCUUCCCCAUUUGUACAGCCCCCUCCUCCCCUUACCUUGUAGAGAUGUGUUCCAUUAUUAACUGAUAGAUCCAUCAUUGAUUUAAUGUAGCGCCUUUUCCCGUUGCGUAGAAUUGUCACCUCCCAAUGUGCAAUGUGGAUAUUCAUGUGUAAAUGCAAAACAGUAGCAAUCUUAAAUUCCAGUGAUAUGUUACAGAUUGUAGGAA